UAGUGCAAAUGCUCUGUCCGGUUGUAAUGAAGUCUCACGCUUCGCCGCUGGAUGGCACAUGAGUAAGAGUUACUCCUCCUCCUCACUUCAUUGCGCAGUUUGGAUCAUGUUUAUCCAGCGCUCUUCUUUUCCCACGCGCCACUUUGCGGAAUUUUGCCUGUUUCGGGGGAAAUCUGUAUAGCAGCUUGUGCAAGGAAGAGUUCACGUGAAUGUCCUCUGUGUGUAAGGCCUCUCCAAACGACAUGAGGGUUAGAUCCCUCCAAGAGCUGGACAUCUAUGGUUCCUCUCUCCUCACAUCCCAAGGCAGAGGGACUCAUUCCUGUUUCUGAUCCCAGUAGUUCCCCCCUCCCCAAGUCUUUCCCUAAUUCAUGAGCCAGCAGGAUGCAUCAUCUGUGCGAGCCCUCUCUGAGCGUCUCCUCAUAGCCUCGCACAAGGGCCAAGCUGAUCAUGUGGUUCAGCUCAUCAACAAAGGGGCCAAGGUAGCCAUUACCAAGAACGGCAGAACCCCUCUGCAUUUGGCUGCCUAUAAGGGCCACAUUGCAGUUGUGAGGAUUCUCCUGGCGGCUGGGUGUGACCUGGAUAUUCAGGAUGAUGGUGACCAGACGGCCUUACACAGAGCAUCUGUGGUGGGAAACACUGAUGUCAUUUCAGCUCUCGUUCAGGAAGGAUGUGCACUAGAUAGACAAGACAAGGAUGGGAACACGGCAUUACACGAGUCUGCGUGGCACGGCUUCAGUCAGUCUGUCAAACUGCUGGUGAAGGCCGGAGCCAACGUUCAUGCUAAAAACAAGGCAGGAAACACGGCUCUUCAUCUGGCGUGUCAGAACGGUCAUGCUCAAAGCUCCAAAGUCCUGCUGCUGGGCGGCUCUCGGCCCGACAGUAAGAACAGCGUUGGUGACACGUGUCUGCAUGUGUCUGCUCGAUAUAACCAUGCGAGUGUGAUCCGAGCGCUCCUGAGUGCCAUCUGCUCAGUGACCGAAAGAAAUCAUGCAGGAGACACGGCUCUACACGUUGCAGCUGCUCUGAAUCACAGGAAGACUGUACGCAUGUUAUUGGAGGCUGGCGCCGACAGCCGCAUCAAAAACAAUACGGGAGAGACGGCCCUCGAUCAGGCUCGUGAAAAUGAUAAUCCUGAAGUUGCGCUGCUGCUCACCAAAGCUCCACAGAGCUUCACUCGUGGACGCACUGUGAGGAAGAGGAGGGACAAGAUGAAGACCGAGGGUCGAGCGCAGUCAGUGCCGCGUGAUGAGAUGCUGCCGAGAAAGGACAGUGUAUCUCCUGCAAAUGACACUCAUGGCAGUGACAGUUCUCUCCGCCGGAAUGACACAGAGGCGCGUGCCAACAGAAACAGCGAGAAGAAAGUCAAAGAGAGGCUGUCACCAUCAGAUGCCCUCAUUCGAAGACAAAAUAAACACAGUGAUCAUAAGAAGAAGAGUAAAACGGAGAGUUCAUCUGCUCUUCCUCCUCCUCCUCCUCCUCCUCAUAACUACAAAGCGUUCCAGCUCUAUACUCUCUACAGAGGCAAAGACGGCAAGAUCAUGCAGGCCCCAUUGAAUGGCUGCAGGUGUGAACCUCUCAUUAACAAACUGGAGAAUCAGCUCAUGGCCACUAAAGAGGAGAUGCAGUCAGAGAUUCACACUGUGCAGGAGCUCAUGAACAGCAAGAUGGGACAAAUGGAGCGCAAGAACAAACAUCAGAUCAGAGCUCUAGAUAAGAUCACUUUAGAGAGAGUGUCUGCUGAGAGGAUUGAAUGUUUACAUCGCAUCGACAAGCGAGCCAUACAAGAACGCUUGGAAGGAGAAAAAAGACAGGCAUCAGUGGUCAGCGAUCUCAAGAACUGGUGCCUUUCGAAGAUCCAAAGUUUGGAGACGCGUCUUUCUGGCGAUCGCAGCAACACUAAGUUACAGCGCUCCUCGUCCCUCACCGACACGCUUUCAGAUUGUGAUCCCCGUUCCCACACAGCUGUACCACAUACAUCUGGUGCCAAAGCCUGUUACUCUCCAUCAACUAACCAACCAGAGGCUGUAGCAGCGAGCACGAGUCCUGAGGAUGGAUCAGCCGGUUACUAUGUGAUCGAGGUGGACCGCGUCUCACCGGAUAAGCAGUCAGCACAGAAUCAAUCUGCACCCCAGUCUCCUUGUAUAGUCCGCCCUAAGCAACGAUCCCGGGCCUGUAGCGACCCUCACCGAGCGCCAGAUGAGCCUCAGGAUUUGAGUCUGGAGCUGAGACCUGUCCCUGAUCAGUGCUGCGAGCACAGGAACCUCAAAAAACGCACCCAACAAAGAGCAAAGACCAAACAAAACACUCAAACCAUGACAAGUUUAGGAGACCCGCACCCCGCCGAGGCUUCCUUCGCCCAGGAGCGGGAAAACAUGCACGCGCUGGAGGUUACGCAGUACUUUUUCGAGGCAGUGACUCUGCAGAUGGAGCGCUGGUAUGAACGCAAGAUUGAAGAAGCACGCUGGCAGGCCAACCAGAGAGCCCAGGCCGACAGAGCCGCUCUGCUGGACAGAAUAAGCUACCUUGAGGAAGAACUCAGACUGCUGAGAACCAACAGACAGGAGGAGAGCUAGUACAGAAGAUAACACUGGUGUAGCAGACACUGUAACGUCCGCAUGAGUGAAGGUCGAUAGAGCAGCUAACACAUGAAGAUAACACUGCAGCAGCAAACGUCAGGAGAAGUAGCACCUUAACCGAUUUAGAGCCGAAACAUACUCUUUGCAAGCCCUUUAACUCAAACGCUUCCAGCUACACUUGUUGAUCCCAUCACACAAUUCAUAAUGGAGGGCGAUCGCAUUCUUAGCACUGCUAUAGUGGGCAUUAGCAUAAACUGUCUGCUGAGGCUUGUUGCCGCCAGAGUAACACAAGAAUGCACUUUACGUACAUGCUUUCAGAGCCCUGUUCAAGAGUUUGUGUCUGUGUCUGCAUCUGCGUGCUUGCGUUGGGUUAUGUGUCUGGCUUUACAGACAUACGGUCACUGCCAAAGAUCUGUUCAAACUCCAGGUUUUAACCUCUUUGAUAAUGCACUACAAAGAUAAGUCUGUUAUACUGUAAAAGGAUCAUUUUAAAUGUGUAUUCUUAAUUAAGAACGAGGCAUGAACACGUUUAUUCCAGCACUAGUACUCAAAUUUGCUGAAAGUGUCAAUUUUGCCACUACUUUGGAGGUUUGCCAGAUCGUAUAAAACCAGUGAACACUGACAAAUACAAGUAAGAAAAUCCAUCACAGCAAACACUGAUAUAUGAGCAAGUAUUAAUUUUGUUAUGUCUUUGUAUAUGGUCUGUAUUGCACAAAAUGAAAUGUCUUAACCUGUGAUGUUUAAUUGUGGAUUUUGAUGUAGUUCGUAGGGAACGUAUAAGAACACACAAUUAAAUAAGUGUUUCAUUUGGUAGGUAAGUCAUCUAAUUUAACAGUUUUAAUAAUUACUUUUAAAAAAUUCAGAACGCAUGGGCAGCAAAAAUCUGUCCCUUGGCUGGUGUUGUGCAGAGGUUAAAAUCACUGAACUAUAGCCGUGAUCUGGUAUGAAAGGCCCACUUUUCACCAUCCAAUCAAACAUGAAUGUCAUUUUACGUCGAUUUUUAAUUAGAUUUUUUUUAUGCUGAGUCAGUCAUUCACCACUGGAGGCGAGCUUGAACGACGCUGAACCUCACGCGGCUCCAUGAGGACUGACCUAUAGUGUGGAGAUUGUUUUAAGUAUUGUUGAAAUGAUCAAAAUGUAAAAUAAUCAUGGUUUCAAACUGACGUCUUUGCCAGUGACUAUUGAUGUUGAACUAUGUAAUCAAAUUGUUUUUGACUUGUCUUGAAAAUGUUAACAACUAAUAUGUAAUGACCAUGUUUUGUUUUUUUAUAUAUGUGUACAAAUACUAGAAUAAUUGUUUACAGCUGCUUCAAAGGGAACAUUAUUAUUUACUAUAUCAUACAGCUGUGUGAUCUGUCACAAAUUAAUGUUUAAUAAACUACAUCUGUGUCAUUUUGA